GCCCUCACCUUCCGUGCGGCAGUCUGGGUCCGGCGGGACUGCGUCUCCCAUCAGGCUGCGCGCCAAGGCCGGCGGGACGGCUGCUGCCGCGCUGGCUACCAGAAGCCGAGAGUCGUCCGUCAGCUUUGGUUCCUGUCGUGGCCAUGGCUUCGUUCGUGACAGAAGUUUUGGCACACUCAGGGAGGCUGGAGAAGGAGGAUCUGGGCACCCGCAUCAGCCGCCUGAGCCGGCGGGUGGAGGAGAUCAAGGGUGAGGUGUGCAAUAUGAUUAGCAAGAAGUACAGUGAAUUCUUGCCCAGCAUGCAGAGUGCACAGGGCUUGGUUACCCAGGUGGAUAAGUUAUCUGAAGACAUUGACCUGCUGAAGUCCAGGAUAGAGAGUGAGGUCCGCCGGGAUCUUCAUGUAUCAACUGCUGAAUUUACAGACUUGAAGCAGCAGUUGGAAAGAGACUCAGUUGUACUAAGUUUGCUAAAACAGCUCCAAGAGUUUUCUACUGCUAUUGAGGAAUACAAUUGUGCAUUAACAGAGAAGAAGUAUGUCACUGCUGCUCAGCGUCUAGAAGAGGCACAGAAAUGCUUGAAGUUAUUAAAAUCCAGAAAAUGCUUUGAUUUAAAAAUACUGAAAUCUCUCAGCAUGGAGCUCACAAUACAGAAACAGAACAUACUAUAUCACCUUGGAGAAGAGUGGCAGAAGCUGAUUGUAUGGAAGUUCCCACCAUCAAAAGAUACCAGCAGUUGGGAAUCUUGCCUACAAACGGAACUUCAUUUAUGCACUGAACAAUCCCAGAAAGAGGAGAAGACGCCUAUGCCGCCCAUCAGUUCUGUCCUCUUGGCCUUUUCUAUUCUUGGAGAAUUGCACACCAAACUUAAAUCCUUUGGUCAGAUGCUGCUGAAGUAUAUCCUUAGGCCUCUGGCAUCUUGUCCAUUUCUUUAUGCUGUGAUAGAAAACCAGCCUAACAUAGUUAUUAUUCGUUUUGAGUCUAUAAUGACUGACUUGGAACAUCCAUCACCAUCUGACGUUUUUGCAAAGAUCAGGCUGGUACUGGAAGUGCUCCAGAAACAGUUUCUAGAUUUACCACUUGACACUGAACUGGAAAAGGAAAAUACAUCUACAGUUAUAUUGGCUGAGAUGCUUGGUGAUGUGAUCUGGGAGGACUUGUCUGAGUGCCUCAUCAAAAACUGUUUGGUUUAUUCUAUUCCAACAAAUAGCAGCAAGUUACAGCAAUAUGAAGAGAUCAUAGAAUCCACUGAAGAAUUUGAAAAUGCCUUAAAGGAGAUGCGGUUUUUAAAAGGAGAUACUACAGAUUUGCUGAAAUACGCCCGUAAUAUCAAUUCUCAUUUUGCUAACAAGAAGUGCCAGGAUGUGAUUGUAGCAGCCAGAAACCUAAUGACCUCUGAAAUUCACAACACUGUAAAGAUUACUUCUGACUCGAGGGUAGGUAUACCAGACUUACCCAUUCCCGAUGAGGAUAACAAGCUAAAAGUACAGAAAAUAUCUAAAACUCAGUACAAUGAAGUGGUGAAUUUAGAACCUGAAAGUACAUUGGACCGACAUUCCUUUUCUUUGCCAACAUGCCGCAUCAGUGAAUCUGUGAAGAAAUUAAUGGAACUUGCCUAUCAGACUUUAUUAGAGGCAACGACCAGUAGUGAUCAAUGCGCUGUUCAACUUUUCUACUCAGUGAGGAAUAUCUUCCAUUUGUUCCAUGAUGUUGUACCAACAUAUCACAAGGAGAACCUUCAAAAACUGCCCCAGUUGGCUGCCAUUCACCACAACAAUUGUAUGUAUAUUGCUCACCACUUGCUGACGCUUGGGCAUCAGUUCAGAUUACGUCUCGCCCCCAUUCUUUGUGAUGGCACUACUACUUUUGUGGAUCUUGUACCUGGCUUCAGGAGACUUGGGACAGAAUGUUUUUUGGCCCAAAUGCGGGCACAGAAAGAUGAACUUCUGGAAAGAUUAUCAAGUGCUAGAAACUUUGCAAAUAUGGAUGACGAAGAGAAUUAUUCUGCAGCAAGUAAAGCAAUCCGGCAGGUACUGCACCAACUAAAGAGACUUGGAAUUGUGUGGCAGGAUGUCCUGCCAGUGAAUAUAUAUUGCAAGGCUAUGGGGACUUUACUCAAUACAGCAAUUUCUGAGAUCACUGGCAGAAUCACUGCCUUAGAGGACAUCUCUACUGAAGAUGGGAAUAGAUUAUAUUCCUUAUGUAAAACAGUGGUGGAUGAAGGACCCCAAAUAUUUGCACCUUUAUCUGAAGAAAGCAUGAACAAGAAAUAUCAGGAAGAGGUUCCAGUCUAUGUGCCAAAGUGGAUGCCUUUCAAAGAAUUGAUGAUGAUGUUACAAGCCAGCUUGCAAGAAAUUGGGGAUCGGUGGGCAGAUGGAAAAGGGCCUCUGGCAGCUGCAUUCUCUUCCAGUGAAGUAAAAGCUUUAAUUCGUGCCUUGUUCCAGAACACAGAAAGAAGAGCAGCUGCCCUUGCCAAGAUUAAAUAGCUCCAUCAUCUUGAGAAAGCUGUGAUUUCUGAACUAUAUGGAUUCUUUCCUUGGCUUAAUCACUCCCUUGAAGAUUUCUUGGAGUCAUCCAUAGGUUUGGUGAACCGAUUCAUCAUAGAAGUUCAACUUUACAGAAGAACCUCUUACGUCCUGGGUUGUUUGAAGCUUUGUUUAAGAAGUGGAUAUUAAAAUAAGUUGUCAAGUAAAGCACCUCAGUUCAUUGACUUUCUCACCACCCUCCUUUGAUUAGAUGAGAAACUGUCAUGCUGCUUCCAGCACCUUCUGGGAACUAUAUGUUGUAAACGGAGGCCCUGGCUUUGGAGUAAGGAAUCCAGGAGAUUCCGUAUGUCAGGGUAGAGAAUUUGUGAACAAAUGGGAGAUUUUUGGGGGGGAGAAAGGGGCAGGAACCAGGGAUACUAUAUUUAGCCUUGCAGAAAUUAAUGAGACUUCUUGUAAUAUUUCUCUCCAAUAAAUGAUGCUUUCUAGAGUUAA